CAAAUCCAAAUUCUAGGUCAGUUAUUGAAUCGGAGCAACAGAAUUAUUCAUAUAUUCGUUUCUUUCUUCCACGCCCUUCUGUGCUGCUUCGAGCUCCUCCUCUCUUUAUCCGCCUUCUAUUCUCCUCAUCAGCAUCAAUCAAUACUAAACCCUAAAUCAAACCUACUUCCAUACUCAUCUUCCCAUAGUUCGUGCCUCCAUCGCACUGUUGAAGGAACCUACAGCGUGUUCUGUGUCUUCGGAGCAGCCAUGAAAGUGUUCGAAAUCAACAGGAGUACCCUAACUCUCGCUCUCUUCACAGACGUCACCAAUUCCAAGGAACUUCUUGAUUCUAUGCAAGCUGGAACUCUGGAACCGGAAGUUGCAUUUCUCAAUGCUUCUCUUAUUCCAGAUGUUUUUCCUGUGCUUGCGGCUGCUUAUAAGACACUUGUUUCCAAGUCGAGAGAUUCGCUGACCACCCGCACCCUUCAUUCAGAACUUGUGUACAAUUAUUCGGGUUCAAAGCAUAUUACGGAGUCUUUAAAAAGAUGUGGAAUUUCUGAUAGCUCAUCUUAUGUCCUUGCUGCUUGUUUUAAUGCUUCGCCUGAUGAGAUGAAGGCCAUUGAGAAACUAGUACAUGGUAACGAGAUCAACCUAGAGGAAUUGGGAGAGAGAGCAGACCAAGCCCAGAUACAAAAGCAUUUUAAGAUCACUGGACCUGAGUUGACGUUAUCCUCAGUUGGAGAUGCUAUAACAUGUAGAAUUGCUGCGCGGGAUGCCUUGUAGCUGCAAAAGUUGCAUCAAACUUCCCUAUUUCGAGUCCCCUACAGGCGAAUGUGUUAAAUUGUUAAAUUGUUUGCAGUAUAAUCACUUUUAGGUCGGUGAUGUCUAUUCAAUUUUUAUAGAAUUUUCAAAUUAUUAAGCUGUGGAUAUUUGAUGAGAAUUGAUUAAUUUGCAAUUAGGUUGAUGAUGUCUACGAAAUUUUUAUAGAAUGUUCAAAUACUUAUGCUGUUGAUGUCCAAAGGAAAUCAAUUAAUUUACUAGCGCU